UUGAACGUGGGAAACUUUAUUUCCUUAUGUUUGAAACAAAAUAAUUAUCUCUUGUGGCGUACCCAAAUGCUUGGCUUAGUUGAGAGUCAAGACAUGUAUGGCUUUCUUAAUGGAGAGACUCCUAUGCCAAAGCCUUGUGUCACUAGUGCUGAUGAUGGUGUGACCAAAGAUCAGCAAAAUCCUGACUUUGCAGCAUGGAAACGAUCUGACCGUCUCCUUCGAGGAUGGAUAAAUGGGACUUUGAGUGAGGAGGUCCUUGGACUCGCAGUCGGUCUUGAAACGUCUGCAGAAAUAUGGAAUGCCUUAGAGGAAGCGUUUGCACACUCUUCACAAGAGCAAGAGUUUCAAUUGAAUCAAUCAAUGACCACAAUGCGCAAAGGUAAUGAUUCAAUCCACAAAUAUAUUCGUAAGUUUAAAACUACUUGUGAUGAACUUGCAGCUAUUGGGAAACCUGUGCCGGAUAAGAACAAAGUCUUCUGGCUACUUCAAGGCUUAGGCAAGGAAUAUGAAAAUUUUGUGACAACAAUGCUCAAACCUCCAGUACCUUCAUAUCAUGAACUUGUGCCACUUCUUAAGAGUCAUGAGGCCCGGACUCAACUUCAUGAUUCUAGUGCUCAAGAAGUCCCUCAAAUGGCUUUCUACAACAAGCAAACUAAUGGGGGUCAGAAUCGACGUCGAGGUAAUGGAUAUAACCAUUUCAAUUCAAAAGGUCGUGGUUUUAUUCCAGGUGCCACAUCAAACUUCAGAAAGGAAGCCAACGAAGCACUUCCUAGCAUAAGAAAUUGGCACAGUGCACCACCAAGUCCAAAUAAGAACAAUUCAAGUUCAAGGGUGGUAGGUGAAAUCAAGAACGAAGUUGCUUGCCAAAUUUGUGGAAAAAGGAAUCAUACUGCCUUGAAAUGCUUCAACAGAUUCAAUCAUGCGUAUCAAGGUGAUCACCCUCCUACUACUUUGGCUGCUCUAACCAUUACUGCAAAUGAUGAUGAUGACUCAGAAUGGCAUCCUGACAGUGGAGCUUCUGGUCACAUGACUGCAAAUCCAGGUAAAUUAGGCAUUCAUCAUCAAUCUGCAUGUCCAAAGACACCAGAACAAAAUGGAGUUGCUGAGCGAAAACACCGCAAUAUUACUGAGUUAGGACUCACUAUGAUGUUUCAUGCUAAUAUUCCUUCUAAAUAUUGGGUUGAAUGUUUUAGCACAGCUGUGUUUCUAAUCAAUAGAUUGCCAUCUCCUACAUUAAAAAUGGACUCACCAUAUUUUCGUCUUUUUCAGAAGCAUCCAGAUUAUAGCUCCUUACGUGUUCUUGGGUGCAAGUGCUUUCCAUUUUUGGGGGAUUACCAAAAGAAUAAGUUGGAACCUAAAUCACUUCCAUGCAUUUUUCUUGGAUACAAUACAAAGCACAAAGGUUAUAAAUGUCUAUAUCCCCCAACAAAUAAAAUCUUUGUCUCACGUCAUGUUGUCUUUGAUGAAAUGCAGUUCCCUUUCAAAAAUCCAUGCGAACUCUAUGAUACAAGUAAAAUUGGAGGAGAGCUGUCCACAUACAAUGAAUGGAUCAAGACUCAACUGGAGCAGGAGACAGUAAAUCACUCAAACCUUCACAUCUCUGAUCCAUCGUUAAUUUCUUUGCCACAGGAAAGCUCUACCCCGAUUGAACAACUGAAAAUGAAUUGCGGCUCGCAAGAUGACAACAGGCUUAAUGAAUCACCAACCACAGAGACCAUGGAAUCAACAAUAAGCCAGCCGACCGAGUUGACUCAAUCUCAUAAUGUGAAAUCAUGCACUGGACAAUUGAAUCCAUCUCAAGAUAGCCAUCAUGCUGGUGAUUUACCUUCCAUACACGUGGAAAUGGAGACAAAUCAAAAUGGUGCUCAAAAUUCAAGCCUCCCUUCAAAUAAUUCCGAUGAUCAAUUCACGAGUUCCAACAGACCAGAAGUUGAAUUGUCUCGCACUCAUAACUUGGUUACUCGAGCUCAACGGGGAAUCACUAAGCUGAACCCUCGAUAUGCCUAUCUUCACAAAGAAAUUCCAAGAGAACCAAAAACCGUGAUAUCGGCAUUGAAGAACGAUGGGUGGAAAGCUGCCAUGCAUGAAGAACUACAUGCUUUAAAAAUAAAUGAUACAUGGGAUCUUGUCCCAAGGGAGGCUCACAUGAAUGUGGUAGGUUGUAAAUGGGUUUUUAAAACCAAGUUAAAACCUGAUGGGAACUUGGAUCGCUUGAAAGCUCGAUUGGUUGCCAAGGGAUUUCACCAAAUUGAAGGGCUUGACUUCUUAGAAACCUUCUCUCCAGUUGUCAAACCAGCAAGCAUACGCACUGUCAUCACUACGGCAUGCAUGAAAGAUUGGACAAUUCGACAACUUGAUGUUAAGAAUGCAUUCCUCCAUGGGUAUCUUUCUGAACCAGUAUAUAUGGAGCAACCUCCUGGCUUCAUUGACUCUGUGCAUCCUUCUCAUGUGUGCCGCCUGAAGAAAGCUUUAUAUGGACUUAAGCAAGCUCCAAGAGCCUGGUUGUCCUAUUACUCAUCGCUCUACAACAAGAUAUUGCACCUUCCUUGGAGGAAAUUGCAUUUCUUGGUGUGCAAAGAAACAACCAACUGUUUCUCUUUCAAGUGCAGAAGCUGAAUAUAAAUCGAUGGCAUCUACAACAGCUGAGAUAACUUGGCUAACUUAUCUACUCCGAGAUAUUGGUAUUGACAUCCCCAAUCCACCAAUCCUCCACUGUGAUAAUAUAAGUGCCUUGCACAU